GGGCUCAUAUAUGUAUUGCUACACCAGGAAGGCUUCUUGAUUUUAUGUCUGAAGAUAGAGUAAAUCUGCAGCGAUGUACGUAUCUAGUAUUGGAUGAAGCUGAUCGAAUGCUGGAUAUGGGAUUUGAGCCACAGAUAAGAAAAAUUGUUGAUCAAAUUAGACCGGAUCGCCAGACUCUAAUGUGGAGUGCCACUUGGCCAAAAGAAAUCCAAAGUUUAGCUGAAGAAUUUUUGACUGAUUAUGUUCAGGUAACCAUUGGGAGUGGACAACUUAUUGCUAACCCCAACAUCGAUCAGAAUAUUUAUGUAUUAGAAGAAAAAGAUAAAGAUGAUGCUUUGUUGUCAUUGUUAGACAAAAUAGCUGUAGAAGAAGGAAACAAAGUUUUAGUAUUUGUUCAGACCAAAAAGGAUGUUGAUUCCCUUGGUUUCUAUUUGAGGAAAAAUAGAAUUCAUGCAAUGUGCAUACAUGGGGAUGUGUCACAACGUCAGAGGGAUCAUGUUUUACGGUCAUUCCGAGAGCAAAAAUCAGUGGUAUUGUUAGCAACAGAUGUCGCUGCUCGUGGCUUAGAUAUUCCUGAUGUGCAACAUGUAGUAAAUUACGACUUUCCUCCCACUAUUGAAGAUUAUAUUCAUAGAAUUGGACGAACUGCACGUGGCCAUGCAACUGGAAUUGCCCAUUCUUUCUUCACAUCCAAUAAUGCUAGUUUAACCAAAGAUCUUUUAUCUCUUUUAAAGCAGGCUAAACAGAAAAUUAAUCCAGAACUAUAUUCCAUGCAUGAAUCUUACCUGAAUGAUCGUAAAGCCAAAUGUCAGGAUUCCCAAAUGUUUCGUCGGCAUCGUCGGUAUGCUGCAUGAUAAUAUGAGAAUGUAGAGUUUUAAUUUACCACUAGGAUUAUUGGUUGAUAAAAACUAUGCAUGGGCAAGCAGAAGAAUAUUCUUUAGUAGGGUACAGGCAUGCUAAACCUGUAUAACAUUCAAUCAUGAUAUACAGAAAAAGAAAUGGAACAAAAUUAUUUACGAUGUACAGUUUCCUUCAAGUAAUAAAUAAUUUUUGACCAAAUGA